UUUCAGCAUCCAAUGGGACGUUGUUGAGCUGACUCCUACUGCACAACACUGUAGAUAGUGAUGCCCUGUAGCCUCUCUAUAACCCAGCAAAACUGACCACUUCUGAUCACUUGAGGAGCUUUUCAGUGGCUAAUGCAAGUUCACCCAAGCACAGAAAUGCUGACCUGAAGUAAUUAGCACAGUUGAUAAAGUUGUAAGCUUGGCACUCUGGCGCAAUUCUCUUACAACCUGGAAGUUUGGGGGGUCUUAGUACCCACCCUAGAACCUUUCUUCUCCACCUGGAAUCUUUGCAUUGGUCAUCUCUGGAGCCAUAAUACCAUAUUUCUCAUAGAGGAUUUUUACUUGUGCAUCAGAAGAGCUGGAGACCAGCGUGAUUUGCAUGCCCAGUGCCAAGGACCCCGUACUGGGGAAAGCUGGCCAGCCAUGGGGAUCCAUGGUAUGGAGCUAUUUGCCAUUGCUGUGGUUAUUGUACUGUUUAUAGCUGUCCUCAAGCAAUUUGGGAUUCUGGAACCCAUGUCAAUGGAAGAUAGCAGUGACAGUGAACUGGAGUUAUCAACGGUGCGUCACCAGCCAGAAGGACUGGACCAGCUGCAGUCUGUCACCAAAUUUACAAAGAAGGAACUUCAGUCUCUCUACAGAGGAUUUAAAAAUGAGUGCCCUAGUGGAUUGGUGGAUGAGGAUACAUUCAAGCUCAUAUAUGCUCAGUUCUUUCCUCAAGGAGAUGCCACAAUGUAUGCACAUUUUCUAUUUAACGCCUUUGACCUGGACAGAAGUGGCGCAAUCAAGUUUGAGGAUUUUGUGGUUGGCCUGUCCAUUCUAUUACGAGGAACUGUCCAUGAAAAAUUAAAAUGGGCUUUUAAUCUCUAUGAUAUAAAUAAGGAUGGAUAUAUCACCAAGGAGGAGAUGCUGGCAAUAAUGAAGUCUAUCUAUGAUAUGAUGGGGAGGUACACUUACCCAAUGCUAAGAGAAGAUGCACCAAUAGAGCAUGUGGAAAGAUUCUUCCAGAAGAUGGAUCGAAACCAUGAUGGAGUUGUGACCAUUGAUGAAUUUCUGGAGACUUGCCAAAAGGAUGAAAACAUCAUGAAGUCCAUGCAACUGUUUGAAAAUGUGAUCUAGACGGGGAUGUGAGACUCCACCCAUGCCAGCACUAGAAAGGACCCAUCCAAUGGCGUAUGCCCACACUUGGAUCACAGACACCCCACUCCUUGUGUCACGAACAGUCAAUGGAUGGAGCAAUCUCUCCCAGGGAACAGACGAUCCCUCUUACUGCCUGCCUGUUUGCACUGAUCCCUUCCUUCUCCUCACAGUAACAAACUCACCUUUUUAGGGACUGUUUUAUAUUAUUAGAGGAUAAAAAGCACAUUUAUCUCUGCAAGAGCUGGGAUUCUUAAAUCAGGGAUUUUUACAGAAAGCCGCUCUUGCCUAAACUCAAUGAGGAGACACAACACACACCCCAUAUUAACUGAAAACAUACAAUCUUUUGUUAGACAAUCACGAAUUUUGCGCAACAAUCUACGUUCUGGGCUUCCUGAAGACCUGCCAAAUUCCCCAUCCUGACCCUACAUGCAGAAGAUGCAGACGGAAACGUGGUGAGCUCUUCCCCAGCCGGAGAAUGGGGGUCAUCUUUGCUCAACUACUCUGGCACUGGAAGGGUUAAGGUCAUCAUUUCUGUUUUGUUGGAGCAUUUUUUUUUUUAUUAAGAAUUUCCAACAAAUGUAAUGAGCCAAUCCUGAUUGUUUUAUUUUAUGCAUGUCCUGAACAACACCCCAACCGAGCAAUAUGUCACUUUGCUGUUCUGUCAGACCUGUUUGUUGCUGUUGAAGUUUUUUUUGCUAUUAUUUUUGCCCCGUAUGGUAAAAAUAAAAUGUAUGGUUCACAUCAGUAGAGUGAAUGGAAGA